CUUGAGGAAAAUGGAAACAGAUGAGGCUCAAGAUAUGUCCCAGGUUUCAGGCAAAGAAAGUCCUCCGAUUAGCGAUGUCCCAGACGAUGCAGAUGAACCUAUGCCAGUACCAGAGGACCUUUCAACUAGUACUGGAGGACAGCAGAACUCUAAGAAUGAGAGAAUCCUGGCCGGUAACAUUAAAAUAGAGACGCAGAGUGAUGAAGAGAAUGGGCGUGCCUGUGAAAUGAAUGGGGAAGAAUGUGCGGAGGAUUUACGAAUGCUUGACCCCUCGGGAGAGAAAAUGAAUGGCUCGCACGAUGGCCCGGGCAGCAAGGCUAUGUCAGGCGUUGGAGGCAUUCGACUUCCGAAUGGAAAGCUAAAGUGCGAUAUCUGUGGGAUAAUUUGCAUCGGUCCCAAUGUGCUCAUGGUUCACAAGCGAAGCCACACUGGGGAACGGCCGUUCCAGUGCAAUCAGUGCGGAGCCUCCUUCACGCAGAAGGGCAACCUCCUCCGCCACAUCAAGCUGCACUCAGGGGAGAAGCCCUUCAAGUGCCACCUGUGCAACUACGCCUGCCGCCGCAGGGAUGCCCUCACGGGCCACCUGAGGACUCACUCAGAUCCUGGCCUGACUCAGGAAAUCACAUUUAAAAUUCCUUCUCCUGCUGAUUUUAGUAGCAGAGUAAUUUUUAUGAAUCUUUCCCUCUUAUUUUCUGCAGUUGGCAAACCCCACAAGUGUGGAUACUGCGGCCGCAGCUAUAAGCAGCGCAGCUCUCUGGAAGAACAUAAAGAACGCUGCCAUAACUACCUGCAGACCAUGAACAUCUCAAGCAGCCUUUAUUCAGCCAUAAAAGAGGAAACUAGCCAGAGUGAAAUGGCUGAAGACCUGUGCAAGAUAGGGUCAGAAAGAUCCCUCGUGCUGGAUAGACUAGCAAGUAACGUCGCCAAACGUAAGAGCUCUAUGCCUCAGAAGAUCGUUGGCGAGAAGUGUCUGUCUGACCUCCCGUACGAUGCCACGGCCAACUACGAGAAGGAGAACGAGCUCAUGCAGACGCACGUGAUAGACCAGGCCAUUAACAACGCCAUCAGCUACCUGGGCGCCGAGUCCCUGCGCCCCCUCGUGCAGACCCCGCCGGGCGGCUCCGACGUGGUGCCCGUCAUCAGCUCCAUGUAUCAGCUCCACAAACCUCUCGGGGACGGUCAGGCUCGCCCCAACCAUGCGGCUCAGGACAGCGCGGUGGAAAACUUGUUGCUGCUUUCCAAAGCCAAAUCUGUCUCCUCCGAACGGGAUGCCUCUCCCAGCAACAGCUGCCAAGACUCAACGGAUACGGAGAGCAAUAACGAGGAACGCAGUGGUUUGAUUUACCUGACCAAUCACAUAGGGCCCCACGCCAGAAAUGGCCUGUCUAUAAAAGAGGAGAACAGGCAGUACGACGUCCUGAGGGCAGGCACUGACAAUUCCCAGGAUGCUUUCAAAGUGAUCAGCAGCAGCGGGGAGCAAGUGAAAGUUUACAAGUGCGAACACUGUCGAGUCCUUUUCUUGGACCACGUGAUGUAUACGAUCCACAUGGGCUGCCACGGCUUCCGCGACCCUUUCGAGUGCAACAUGUGUGGCUACCACAGCCAGGACAGGUAUGAAUUCUCUUCCCACAUAACCCGAGGGGAGCAUCGUUUCCACAUGAGCUAAAACUCCCCCGGCACGGAUCCAGCCUCGGCGGCUGCACGAGCAACAGCAGCAACAAAGCACAAGUCUAGUGGACAGCACAAGUAACAAAACCAUCAGAAACAUUCAGAUAUCUUCUCCCACCAGAAAAGUUUUCCCUUUUGGUAGCAUGCAUUGCAACUCAGUUUUCUAAAAACGAGUAUUAAAGUUUCUAUUGAAAACAUUUGGCCACCAAAAACUUUUAGUAAUGUAAGUAGGAGCUUUUGUAGUCACGUAGUUGAAGGCCCUUUCCUUUUGCUGUUGCUUCCUGCAGCCCUCCCUUGCCCAACCUCUUCCCGCCACGCAGAGUGCACAGCACGGGUGAGAGCACCACGGCCACGAGGGGCCUGGCCUUCUGCACGGAGCAUGGGGCUCCUGCACCACGUGUGCAUUUCCUGCCUUCCUGGUAGUAUUUGGCUCCUUUAGGAAGAUGAGACUCAAGGAGAGAUGGAGGGCCCGUGGGGCUCGGAGGCUGGGGUGCCACCCAGCCACGGGGCCCUGAGUUUUCCUGGCAGUGAAGAGCAGGACGUCUCCACGUGUGAGGGUGCUGCGCGCACCGGUGCCCUGGCAGGCCCUGCUGGCCACGAGGAAGGAGAGCAGGUAGCUGCAAGACACAGGAAACACCCUUGUAAGACACUCUGUGAAGUAUGGAUUGCAUUUAAUGUAUAGAAAAAGGUUUUGUUGCCUCUUUGUUUUUUUCUUUAAAUAUAUGUUUUAUGUCCAGUAAAACCCCUCUUUUCUUUAAACGGGAAAAAAAACCCUCCCUCCUCCCUCUGCAUAAAUGACAGCUAUGAUGUAUUUAAUUUUUUUUUAGGUUGUAGUCAUGUUGAAAAGUGUGGUUGUACAGUUGGGGAAAGCUCUAGCUACCAGUAUGUGCAGGCCACGUCUCCUUAUGCACACCUUGCAUCAUCUCACACUGCCUGGAAAAUAUCCAGGUGUCCCUCUUCUACAUGUGAGAAAUUCCCAUUCUGCCUGCACAGAAAAAGUCCUCAGGUGAAUGUGGUGGCUCUAACUGGACAUCUUGCAUCUGAUUUCAUUCUCAAAUCAGAAAUUAAGAAUUAAUUUGAAUUCUCAAACCCAAACAGGCAAAACUUGCAGCUUUCCCCCCUUCCCUGGUGCUUGCUGUUUAAGGAGGGACCAGGCCCUGCCCAGGUCCUGAGCACCCAGGCUUCCUACUCAACAAAACACUUCUGCAUGUUCUUUAAGUUAUAUCGACUUCAGCAGAACUAAUCUGAGGGUUAAAUAUUCAGUGUUUUGC